UUGCUCAUGAUAUAAGGACUCCAUUAUAGUUUAUACAAUAAAUAUCAAAAUAAUGUUCAAAUUAAAUUACCGAUGAAUAUAUAAUGCAAUAAUUAUAAAAUAUUGAUACUAAUUGUUAGCUUUUAAUGAGUUUGUUAAACGAUAUUUUAGACAGUUAGAAAAUGAAAUAAAAUAAAUUCAAUUUAGUACUUGUAAAUUUUUCACUAAAUUAAACCUUAAAAGAAUUAUAAGAAUUAUUUAAAAUAUAAUUAAAAGAAAAAAAUAUUCAAUUUAAAAUUGAAAUUGAUGGUGAAAUAGAUUUUUAUUCUGAUUAAAAUCGGUUAAAAUAAAUUCUAAUUAAUUUUAUAUCAAAUUCUAUUAAAUUUACUUAAAAUGGAUAUAUUUAAAUAACUGUUAUUUAAUUAAAAAAUUAUUUAGUAAAAUUAAAAAUAUAAGACAAUGGAUGUGGUAUUCCUUUAGAGUUAUAACCCAAACUUUUUAAAGAAUUUAGCACAUUUGAUUAUGGUAAUGGUUACAACAAAUAUGGAGUAGGUUUAGGUUUAGCAUUAUGUUAAAAAUUAGUUAACUAGCUUGGUCCAAAUUAAUAAAUAAAUUUAGAAUCAGAUGGUAUAAGUGGAACUUAAUUUAGUUUUUAUUUUUACCAAAAUCUUGAUAAUAGGUAAAUUGAAAUAAACCCGUAUAUAACUGAAUUUUCAAACAGUUAAAAAUAUUAUAAAGACGAUGAAUUUUUGAGAAAAGAAAACCGUUUUAAUAAUAUACUUAUUGUGGAUGAUAAUAUAUUUAAUUAAUUAAUAAUUAAAAAAAUGUUUGAAUAAUUUGAAGGUGAUUUAAUAUGUGCUAAUAAUGGUUAAGAAGCUUUUACUACUGCUUUUGUAAGUGAAGAAGAAGAAAAUGAAGCAGCUAAAUCUGGGGCAGAUUUUAUAAUGCUAAAGCCUUUAGAUUUUAAUGGCAUGUAUAAAAAACUAGAAGGGCUUAUUAACAUUAUAUGA